UUCCUCGAAAUAAUAUAUUUCAGUCGUAGCUUACAGCGAAUUUCCAGGCAGGAUGUGAAUGUUCUAGUGACAGCGAUUUUACGGCACUUUCGUCAUCUCUUGAAUAUCGGAGAAGGUAAGUCUUGCUUUUCUUUGCCUGAUGAUUUAACCGUUAAAGAUCAUUUUGUCAACGAGUCAUAUUUAUGAUCAUAUUUAUGACACUUACACGAAGACAGGCAAAAGACGAAAGUGAAGCCAAGGUGCGAUGAUGCUUAUUAUGUUUCAGUGAUAUGUUUCGUGUUGGUUAGCAUUUGUUGUUGCUUUUUUUCGUUUGAAUGUUGAUUAUCGAUUAAAAACAUAUUUUCCUUAAAGGGCCACAAACGCAGAUUACAGGGGACCAGUGAAAUAAGAGGUUUAAAACGGUGCAGAUCUACUCCCGCAGACCUACAUCUGUAGACCCCGGUUAAACCUUUGGGUCAGCCCUCGCCUUCUGUUGUAGAGUCUCCAGCCAUUAUUGCUGAUAGUUUGCUUAGCACUUCUGAGAUAUGGAGUCAGUCUCCCAUUCGAGAUAUUGGUGGCGUAGAUGUCGAGAGCAAUAAAGCAGCAAUGUAAGUUGCAUUUACGAAUACGUGCAUUGGUUACAAUAUGAAUUAUAAAGGUUUCUCACUUAUAGUUUGUUGUCUUUAUUUACAUGUCACAGGCAACAAUCCCAUCUGAUUUCUUUCUUCUUUUUUUUUUUUUCGAUGAUAGUUUGAACUCGUCUUUAUUUCCUCACGAUGAGAAUAUAUGUUCUGAUUCAGAACCUCUGAAUGCUUGACAGUAUAUAUGUUGUAGUUAUAUUUUUAUCUCAGAUAAUUUUUGUUUUUCUUUAGUUUUUGAGUAUGGUAAUGUAUGCUAAUGAAGUUCACACAAAAGACAAAGAAAAAUUACCUGAGAUAGCAAAUUAACAACAACAUAUAUAUAUAUACAUCUAUAUACAUUCCAUCAGAUAUUGGAUAAACAUAACAGUCUAUCUAUGAUUGCACUUGAGUUUUCAUUACUGCAUGUCAGGUUUUUACAGGUAAUCUCUUCCUACUAACAAACACUUUGUUCCCAGGGUGAUCUCUAAACCGGGCAUGAAAGGUCCAUUGGUGGGGUACAUUGCCUAUGAAUAGUAUUAUGUUAUACUACAGUUGGCCAUAUGUUUUGGUGCCUUUUUUCAGUAACCAAGCACUUUAUAAUUCUGCCAUCCUUGAAUAAAGACAGAUGUAUUGACACUGACAGUGACACUGAUUUUUAUGUACAAAAUUUCAGUUGCCCCACUGGCUGGGUAAGAAAAAUUAGCUUCUGCCACUAUCAGGGUGGUUCCUAAAGCGUUGCACUAUAUUGCAUACAUGCACUGGUGAAACACCAAUGCAUAAAAGUGUUAACCCCCCCGGCCACUCCCUCCCCCCCCCGGGCUACUCCCUCCCCCCGACCCUGCCUUUCUUCAUAUGCCUGGGUCAAGAGAUCCACUUCUUAUGGAAAAACUAGGUUCUGCUAACAAAAUACGAAGUAGUGAGCUUGAAUGUGAUUUGCUGGGAAAAAUUCAAAAUUUUAUUUUUCCCUCUAUUUUUUUAUACUUUCUAACUGCUGUUUAUCUCAACAGGCACACAUGAAGUAUUGAAUGUGCUAAUAGCCUAUCCCUGCUGUAGGCAUCAAAGACCAUAUCUUUCAGGUAAUUGCUUGUUGACUGUGCUGGUAAUGAGGAUCUUAAUGAUCAUCACUAUCAUUGGCUGAUUCUCUAUUGAACUGCAGUGUUCUAGUGUGGCCUUGAUUUUCUGUUUAGUAGCAUUUUCUUAAGUUGUGAAAAUAUUUUCUCACUCUCAAACUUGAAUAUUUUACAGUUACAGGGCCUACAGAGUAAGAAAAUGCUAUGAAGUGAUUGACUGGAACUACCACCUUCACCUCCCCCUGCCACAAACCCCCCAAAAAACCAGGAGAACAGAUGUUCAGCUGAAAGUAAUAUCAGCAGACAAAGUAAUGGGACAAAAAGAUCACAACAGCAGACAAGGGAUAUGAAUUUAUUCCCCUCGUCAUUGCUAACAUAUUACAUGCCAGAUUACAUGAUGUGGAUAUCAUGACAAGGAAUAUCUCUCUAAAUGCAAGUGAUCCCCAACUGUUGGCCCCAAUCCAUUGCAGCCAUACAACCACCUCCCACUGCAGAAUUGUGCAAGUGGGAGAAUCGGUUCAGUUUACCUGCACCGUCAAAAAGCUGUGAACCAGAAAAAGGUGAUCUUUAG